AUGGUUUCUUGUCUAUUGGCUAUUUUGCUUGCUGUCAAUCAUUGAUGCCCUGGCAUUUUCACCGUAUCAGAUCGUCACAAUCCACACAUAUAUUAUCCUGUGGAGCUUUUGAGCGUUGCUCCGUCUCAGAGAGUAACUCUCCAGCAGCAAACACCUGACCAGGUGGCAACUAUGAUAAAGGCGUGUGCUACAUUGCCGCAAAAUCGUCUGCAUCAGACCAAAGUUCUGAAAGAAGCUUUGGAUAUCAAAGAAGGUAACCCGCAUCUGAAAUUUGCUGGAGUCAACGUAGCAAACGGGUUCACCUCGGUGCCCGGACGUAUACUGCCAGCACCAUCAAUUGUUUAUGGCGGAAAUCAACUGGUCAAGCCCACGGACAAUUGUAAGUGGAAUGGAGAUCGUUCACGUUUUCUUGAGCCUGCCACGCUGUCUAAUUGGGCUGUUUGCGCCACAUUAACGCAAAAUGAUAGUCGCCGUUUGCACAUCAAGGACUAUGUAGCACGCAUCGAAGGCCGAUGCCGUCAGCGUGGGAUGGAAGUGGAUCCAUGCGCUGAGAUUUUCAAUCUCCAACGUCAAAAUUUUGAAAGUUUGAAGGAAUGGUACGCCUCUCAAAAGGCGAAGAAUCGUCGUUAUCUGAUGUUCAUUACAUCGGACAACAUCAAGCAGCAUGAUCUCAUCAAGUUGUUGGAAAUCGAGUACCAAAUUGUUUCGCAGGAAAUCAAAGGCAGUAAAGUUGAUGCCGUUCUCGUCAAAAACCAGAAUCAGACGCUCGACAAUGUUGUUGCUAAGAUCAACGAAAAACUAGGAGGUGUGAAUUAUAAUAUUAUGCUUGGAUCUAAACCGAAUGACUCGUUAGUUUCAUAUUUGUCCAGAUAG